AUGUCGAGUCGUUUCAGAAGGUCGAGUUCUUUAUUUGUCUCUAGACUUUCGAGUCGAACAACAACCGAAGAUCUUGAAGAAACUUUCAGAGAAUUUGGUCGACUAAAAGAUGUAUAUAUACCAAGGAAUUAUUAUACUAGAGAACCAAGAGGUUUUGCAUAUAUAGAAUAUUAUGAUGAACGUGAUUGUGAAGAAGCUUACAGACACAGAAACUUUUAUUUACACGGAAGAGAAUUGACAGUUGAAUUUGCACGUGGUGAUCGUAAAACUCCAAGAGAAAUGAGACAUGGCGGUGGUGGAGUUUAUCCACGUGAACGUUAUACUACACCAGAAAAUUCCUAUAGACCAAGAUAUAGUCGUAGUAGAUCACCAAGUAAAAGAUUUUAUGAUGAACAUAAGAAUAAUAAUCGUCAAUACAAAUCAAGAUCAAUAUCUCGUUCACCACAAUAUGAUAAUUAUAAAAGGUCAGAAAAGGAAUUGGUGGGCUAUUCUUGGGAUGCUAAAUAA